GCUGACUACGCCGCGCAGCUCCGCCAGGCGUUCCCGGGAGAGGAUGUGCCCGUCUUCGACUUGCUGGUGCUGGGGGUCGGGCCGGACGGACACACUUGCUCCCUCUUCCCCGGCCACCCCCUGCUGCAGGAGGAAGAGAAGAUAGUUGCUGCUAUUACUGACUCGCCGAAGCCGCCGCCAGAGCGAAUAACGUUAACGCUGCCCGUGCUGAAUGCUGCACGGAUGGUUGUGUUCGUGGCUACGGGGGAAGGCAAAGCUGCUGUUUUAAAGCGCAUUUUGGAAGGUGAUGAGGAAAACCCCCUUCCCGCCGCCCGUGUCCGGCCUUGCUCCGGGCAGCUGCGCUGGUUCCUGGAUGAGUCGGCAGCCAAGGAGCUGACCAUCCCCGUUGAGAAACAUUCUGUCUUGUAG